AUUUUGAACAGGUUUGUUUCGCAGUUCUGAAAGAAAUUUUGGCGCUGCAGUCGUUUGAAUCCUAAUUUACCGUUUCCUGAGGACAUUUCUCCUUCGGAAAAGAGCUCUCUUACUGCGUAUUUUUGGACGUAACAAUUCAGAAAUGGAAGCAGGUGAAGAGAGUGAGACUCCGCGUACCCUGAUCCGCGGGGUUCUAGCCCACCUCCCUGUGAGUGACAGUGCCGUCAAGUCAGUAGCCGAUACCGGCAGGGAGAGACGGUCGUCUGUGGCUGAUGUACUGCGUGCUUCAGGCUCAACAUCAGCAGCGAAGAAAAGGAGAAUCAGCACAGCUUCACCACGAACACUGAUCCGAGGUGUUCUGGAGACCCAGCCCACACCUGAGAACACCACAGAAGAGCCGGCCAGGAAGGUUGCCAGGGUAACCCCACAGGUCAGAGGUCAGCCUCCCCCCAGCCAUGGUGGUUCUGGACAGGGAACAGGGCCAACGUUUGCUUCACCAUCAGGUUCAGCCCCGAGAAGCCUCCGACAGAGCGUGCGUAGAAGCGCCCGUAUCAGUACGGCCAGCCCAGGGUCAGCUCACCUCACCACCAGGAGGCAGGUGGGGAGGGUGAGCUCACUCUUCACCCCGCAGGACGACGCCACACCGCGCACCAUGCUACACAACGUCCUGCACGUCUUACCAGUUGAGAGCCCUGCCACACACAGCCAGGCUGAAGUGUCCCUACUGGAGGAAAGUACCGGCACCCCAACAGUGGAGCCACCAGGGAUAGAGCAGGUGCAGAUGCAACAAAGUGCCCAGCCCACCCCUGAGCUGGACCUGUCCCUGACCGUGCCCCGGCAUGGCCGUGUUACUCGCCACACACACAGGACACACGUCACACUGGAGCAGUUCGCUGCCGGGGUGGAACAGAGACUGGCAAGUCAGGAGGCUCAAACUCAAGGUAUUCAGCAAACCUUUGAAUAGAAAAUUGGAUUGUCCAAGUAUCAUCCAAUGUAC